AUGUCAAAUUAUAAUGGUGAUUACCAUUAUAAUAAUGAACAACAACAACAAAAUCAUCACCAACAGUAUAGGUCAACAACAGAUAAUAGUGCAAUAUUAAAUGGGGGUGUAUCAUAUGACCUUUUAGAUAGCACUAAUAGUGCAAGAUCAAAUAAUCCAUUACUUCAAGGAAUGGGUUACGAAGAAGAUACUUUUGAAGAACAACAACAACAAGAGAUAUAUAGCAAUAAUGAUAAUAGUGGUAAUAAUAAUAGUAAUAAUAAUAAUGGUGCAAGUGAUAAAAGUUAUUUUACUAUCUAUGGUAAUAUAAAUAAUGAUGCUCACAACCAAACACUUACACAACAUACAGAUUUAGAACAUGUCGAUUUAGAAAGCGAUUCAAAAAACAUAAAAUAUCAACAACAACAACAACAACAUCAACAUCAACAACAUCAACAAUAUCAACAACAACAUCAACAACACCAACAACAAAAUAAUAAUAAUAAUAAUAAUGGGUAUAUAAAUCCUCAUUUAACUGAAAGUUCACAACUAUUUUCAUCUGUACCAUUAAACUCAUUACCAAAUUCACCAUAUCAUAUUAAUUAUCCAUAUACCAAUAAUAAUUCUAAUAGUAAUAAUAGUUAUAACAAUACAAAUAGUAAUAAUAAUAAUAAUGGUAAUGAUGUAUAUAGCGAGAAUAAUAAUAGUAAUAAUAAUAAUAAUAACAGUAAUAAUAAAAAGAAAUAUAAAAAAAAGAGUAAAAGAAAUAUAUUUAAGAAAAAACAAGAUAAAGAAUCAGAUUUAAAUAAAAGUAAUACACCAAUAAUAAUUAAAGAUAAUGAUGAUGAUGAUGAUAAUAAUAAUAAUAAUAAUGAAGAUAAUAAUGACGACAAUCAAAGAAAUUCAAAAGUAUUUAUUCAUAAACAACAUCAAUCACAAGUACCAGAUCAAUAUCUUGCAAUCUUAAAAGCAUCACAUAGUGCAGUUCAAAGAAAAAAAAGAGAUGCAAUUGCAUUGAGAGUUGGUAGACAAUGGUUAACUCAUAUAAUUACAGUUCAAACCGUUGGUAAUUUAAUUAGAGCUUUACCAAUUUUCGUUUUAGAGAAAUAUUAUGUUAUGUUAUUAAUUUUCUUUCAAGGUAAGAUUAUAUAUAUAUAUUUAACAAACAAACAAACAAACAAACAAACAAACAAACAAACAAACAAACAAACAAACAACAAACAAACAGACAGACAGACAGAGAUAAACAGGGCAUUAUUUUUAGUAAUUGGAUCAUAUGGUGUAAAAAGAUUGAAACCAUAUUUAAUAUUAUUAUAUGUUAUUGGAUGUUUUAGCACAACGAUUUUAGAUUUAAUUAUGACGUUUACAUAUGCACAUACACAAAGUUCAAGACCAUUUACAGAGGAGUUAUUAGCAUUUUGGAGUUAUGUUUUAUUUGUUUCAUUAUUAUGUAUAUUGAAUAUAAUUGGUGGUAUAUUAUUAGGUUUGAAGUUAUUUGUAUCGGUUGUAUCAUUACAAGAUCCAUCUGAUAAUUCAUUGAUUCUAUUGACUGCAAGUUUGGUUGGUAGUUUCGAUAUUGAAAGAGAUGAAUCAGCAUCAAGUAGUAGUUCACAAGCAAAAGCAAGUAGAUGUAUAUUUUUCUAUGGUUCAGAUGUAAAGAAAGCAAUUGCAACCACAACUUCAAUUACAAAGAAAUUAACAACAGGUGAAAAGAUUAAACAAUAUUUUAAAUUAAAAAAGUUAUUCCCAAAAUCACCAUUCUCAUCUGGUCAUAAUAAUAAUAAUUAUAAUAAUAAUGAUAAUAACAUUAUUAAUAAUAACAAUAAUAAUAAUGGAUUAAAUAAUAAUCAUAAUAAUAAUAAUAAUGAACAAAUAACAAGUUCAGUUGCUACCUCAACAGAUAAAUCACAAUUAUUAUCUAUGAAAACUAAUCAAGUUAUUACAAGUAAAUAUAAUGUUUUUACAUUUAUACCAAAGGUAAUAUUUUAUCAAUUCUCAAGAUUAGCAAAUCUUUAUACAUUGGCAAUUGUUAUACUUUGUAUGUUUUCAUUCUCACCAGUUGGACCAGUAUCUUCGCUAACACCAUUAUUGGUGGUUAUAGCGGUAACAUCAUUUAAAGAGUUGGCAGAGGAUUUAAAACGUCAUAAACAAGAUAAAGAGAUUAAUGGUAGAGAAACUUCAAUUUAUAGACCACCAUUUUAUAUUAUUUCACCAACUGCUAGCAAAGAAGAUUUAAAAAGACGACAAAGUGGAUUCAAUGGUUUCAUUAGUAGAAUAGGUAAUUUUUUCGGUUCAAUUAAACAACAAUACAUUCAAACUGAAAAGAAUAUACCAAUGGUACCUGAUAAUGAUUAUAGUAAGGUUGGAGUAUUUCAAAGUUGUCAUUGGGAAGAUAUUAAAGUUGGUGAUAUAAUUUAUGUAAAGAAUGGUGAAUCAUUACCAGCCGAUAUCAUUUGUUUAAGCUCUUCAAGAUCCGAUGGUAGAGCAUAUUUAGAGACUGCAAAUCUUGAUGGCGAGACCAAUCUAAAAGCGAAAUCAUCCAUUUCAAAAUGUCAAUGGAUAAAGGGUGCAAAGGAUUUAGAUGAUUUCAGUUGUAAAGUUGAUUAUGAAGGACCAAAUAAUGACAUUUAUUCAUUCGAUGGUGUAUUGACAAUUUUAAAAGGUUUUGAACGUUCAAAUAUUGGUGAUUCAACUGUUGUACCAACUACGAAUUAUGUACCAGUUUCAAUUGAUCAACUACUAUUGAGAGGUACUAAACUUCGUAAUACCGAUUGGGUGAUUGGUGUGGUUACCUAUAGUGGUGUAGAUACGAAGAUUGAAAAGAAUGCAUCAAAAGCAAGUCAAAAACGUUCAUCAGUUGAACGUGGUGUAAAUAAUAAACUUUUAAUACUUUUCCUUUUACAAACCAUCAUUUGUAUCAUAUGUUCCAUUGGUCAUAAUAGAUGGCAUUUGGAGGAUGAUAAAGAUGCAAAGCCAUGGUAUAUCGAUUAUGAUCCAGAACAAACCGAAGAUUUCAUCUAUGUAAGUUAUGUUAUACUCUACAAUACAUUGAUUCCAUUGUCAAUGUAUGUCUCUAUGGAAAUGAUUAGAGUAUCAAAUGCACAUUUCAUCGAUAGUGAUUUGGAGAUGUAUGAUGAAUCAACCGAUACACCAGCACAAGCUAGAAAUACAAAUAUCAAUGAAGAAUUGGGUCAAAUUCAAUAUUUAUUCUCUGAUAAAACUGGUACUUUAACUUGUAAUGAAAUGGUUUUCAAUCGUUGUACAAUCGGUGGUCAAGUUUAUGGUCCUGAAGAUUCAAGUUUACAAGAUUUAAGAUUAUUUAUUAAAAAUCAAUUAUCAGAUAGUUCAAAUGGUUCUUACCUAAGACAAAGUAAUGGUUUAAGUGGUGGUGGUAGUGGUAGUGGUGGUAGUGGUGGUAGUGGUGGUGAUGCAUCAUCUUCAUUAAAUCCAUUAGGUAUUCCAGUACAACCAGAGAUUUCAAUACCAAUAUUAUCGGAUCAAACUGAAUAUAUUAAAGAAUUUUUAACAUGUUUAGCAAUUUGUAAUACUGUAUUAAUUGAAAAGAAUAAAGAAAUUGAUGAUUUAAUGAUGAAUCAUGAUAAUUCAAAGAGUCAUCAUAAUUUCAAUGGUGGUACAAAUAGUGGUUGUAGUGUAAUACCAAAAUAUCAAGCAGCAUCACCAGAUGAAGAAUCAUUAACAUUAACAGCAGCAAGAUAUGGUUUCAUUUUAAAGUCAAGAGAGGAUAAUAUCAUAACAAUAUCAGUACAUGGUAGAGAGGAAAGAUUUGAAUUAUUAAAUGUAUUGGAAUUUAAUAGUUAUCGUAAGAGAAUGUCAGUAAUUGUAAAGAAUCAAAAGAAUCAAAUUAAAAUUUAUUGUAAGGGUGCAGAUUCUGUAAUAUUUGAACGUGCAAAAAAGAAUACAGAUCAUUGUGUUGGUAUAUUACAAUCAACAGAGAAACAUCUAAGUGAAUUUGCAUGUUCAGGUUUACGUACACUAUGUAUGUCAGUUAGAACCAUUGAACAUGAGGAAUAUAUAGCAUGGAAUAAAAUUCAUCAAGAGGCUUCAAUCUCUUUGGUGAAGAAAGCAGAGAAAGUAGAUGCAGCUUGUGAACUUAUAGAAAAGGAUCUAUUAUUAAUUGGUUCAACAGGUAUUGAAGAUAGAUUACAAGAUCAUGUACCAGAGACAAUAUCGGCUCUAAGAGAGGCUGGUAUUAAAGUUUGGGUGUUAACAGGUGAUAAACAAGAGACGGCAAUUAGUAUUUCAACUUCAUCCGCUGUAAUCAAUGAAGAAAUGGAGUUGAUUAUAUUGAAUGAAUCUAAUAAACAAGCAUUGAUGAAAAGAUUGUUAACAAUAUCCAACGAGAAGAGAUUACAUCAUUUCAAUGAUAUGUCUGGUAGAUGGGGUUCUGUAAAGUAUCUUUCAAAACUUUUGGAAAAAGUUGCAAGUAAAUUAAGAUUAGAGCCCUCAGAUGCACCAAAUCUAUUAAAUAAAUCCAAUGGAAUGUCAGCACCAGCAGUUAAUGCAAGUCAAAAACAUAUCGCCAUCAUUAUCGAUGGUAGUACAUUGGCUUUGGCAUUGGAGCCUGAUUUACGUUAUUUCUUUUUACAAGUCGCCAAAACUUGUGAAAGUGUAGUUUGUUGUCGUUGUUCACCUUCCCAAAAAGCAAAGGUUGUAAAUUUGGUAGCGGAAAGAAGUUUUCUCUUUGGUGAUGGUGCAAUUACAAUGUCAAUUGGUGAUGGUGCAAACGAUGUACCAAUGAUUCAAAAGGCUCAUGUUGGUGUUGGUAUUAGUGGUAGGGAGGGUAUGCAAGCGGUAUUGGCUUCCGAUUUUGCAAUUGCAAACUUUUCAAUGCUUCGUCGUUUAAUUUUAGUGCAUGGCAAUCGUAGUUACAAGAGAAUGACAAAGUUAAUCCUUUAUUCAUUUUCAAAGAAUAUUGCACUCUCAAUUAGUCAAUUUUGGUUUGGUUUCUUUUCAGGCUUUAGUGGUCAAAUGAUUUAUUUCGAUUUCCUUUUCACUCUUUACAAUGCAUUGUUCACAUCAUUACCUGUCAUAUUUUUAGGUACAUUCGAUCAAGACACCAAAGAGGAUGACCUAUUGAACAAACCAUAUCUCUAUAGGGUUUGUCAAUCAAAUUCACCAUUUUCAACUUGGAAAUUUAUUUGGUGGGUUUUCAUUGGUAUGUGGCAAUCAGCAACUAUUUUCUUUGUAACCUUUUUCGUAAUGAAUACUUCAACCAUUGAAGGUGGUAAAACUCUUGGUCUUUGGUCCAUUGGUACUGCUGCCUACAUUUAUUUGGUAGUCACUGUCAAUUUACAAAUUAGUUUCAUCACUCGUUAUUGGACUCGUCAAACCAUUUUAGCCGUAUCCAUUAGUGUUGUCUCCACUUUCCUAUUUGUAAUGUUGUAUAGUGUACUCGGUAGAUACGUAGAAGCUGAUGCAACCCAUAUCAUCUUUGAACUCUAUGCUUUACCAACCUUUUGGCUACUUUUAAUUAUUGCUCCAUCAAUUGCUUUAUUACCUUAUAUAAUUGUAUCUUUAAAUAGUUGGUUAUUUAAUACUGAUAAUUUAUCUUUACAAAAACUAAAUUUAGAGAAAAAAGGUUUUAUUAUGAUGAAUGAUUUAUAA